AUGGCUCCUUCACUAUUCUCAACUACACUUGUAUCAGCUCUUACUGUCCUCUCGGUCGUGCAAGCGUCCAAACCGACAUCCUACGACUUUAUUGUCGUGGGAGGUGGUACUGCCGGCCUUGCUGUCGCAAGUCGUCUGAGUCAAUAUUUGCCGCACAACACAGUACUGGUCAUCGAAGCUGGUCCUGAUGGCCGCAAUGCAUCUGGUAUCUAUAUUCCUGGUAUGAAAGGCAGUACCCUAGGCGGGGUCUACGAUUACAACUUCACCACCGUCGCACAGCCUCAUGCUGGCGGUCGCUCAUGGGCGCAGAACAGAGGAAAGGUCCUCGGUGGGAGCUCUGCUCUUAACUUGAUGUGCUGGGAUCGCGCAUCAGUGGCCGAGUACGAUGCUUGGGAGCAGAUUGGUAACCCUGGCUGGAACUGGAAGAACAUGAUUGAUAGUAUGCUCAAAGUCGAAAACUAUACCCAGAGUGUUUAUCCUGGACAAGAGAUUGACCAAGGUGUUGGAGUCGAUGGUCCAAUCCACGCCACUAUCAACAGAAUCCAGCCUACUGAUCAAGAGACCUGGAUCCCGACCAUGGAAAAUUAUGGCUUCGCCGAGAACAUGGAAUCUCUCAAUGGCAACCCUCUUGGUGUUUCGAUCCAACCAAACAACAUCGACACCGCGAAAUACACACGUUCUUACAGUCCCGAGUACCUCAACAUUGCUGGAAACAACCUUCAUGUCAUGACCGAGACACAAGUCAUCAAGAUCAAUACAAAGAAAAGUCGUGGCCAAGUUGUCGCCACAGGUGUCACGCUCAAGGGCAAUGUUGUCAUCAAUGCUGGCAAAGAAGUCAUCCUUAGCGCUGGCUCAUUCCAGUCGCCUGGAUUACUCGAGCUCAGUGGAAUUGGCAACUCUUCUGUCAUCAGAGCCGCUGGUGUCAAACCGGUGCUCGAGCUUCCCUCUGUUGGCGAGAAUCUGCAAGAUCACAUUCGCAUCCAGAACAGCUUCAAAUUGAAGAACGAGACCUCUUUCGACGAACUCAAGUACAAUGCGACCUUCAAGGCCGAGCAGCUAGCUCUGUACAACGCAAACAGAGUAUCCAGCUACGACUAUGCUGCUUCUGGUUUCGCUUAUCUGACCUGGCCACAAGCACUCGGCAAUGAAUCUGCUGCUCUGAUUGGAGUCGCUAAGACCGCAACAAAUGCCAAAGAUUCCGUUGUUGAUCAAACUAAGCUUGGCUUCCUGACUGGAAACAAGAGCGAAACCAUCCCUCAACUUGAGGUCAUCUUCUCCGAUGGCUACACUGGAGUCGGCGGGUAUCCUGUCGUCAACUCUUCCGAGUACGGUUCCAACUACUUCACUCUACUCAGUGUCAUCAUGCACACCUUUUCUCGCGGCAACGUCCACAUCAACGCUUCCGACCCCCUCGGAAAACCCAUCAUCGACCCGAGAUACCUCAGUAACGAGUAUGAUCUCCAAGCUGCCAUUGCCGCUACCAAGCUCAACCGCAAGAUCGCCCAAACAGCACCGAUGAAGGACAUUAUUGCCUCGGAAUACGAACCCAGUUCAGCUAUCCAGACUGACCAGCAAUGGAGGGACUUUGCACUCAACCAUACUCUGACUAUCUAUCACCCUCUGGGUACUUGUGCAAUGCUUCCUCAAAAGGAUGGCGGUGUUGUUAGCCCCAAAUUGAAGGUCUAUGGUACUGCGAACUUGAGAGUUGUGGAUGCCAGUAUCAUCCCUGUGCAGCUCUCUGCGCAUAUCCAGACGGCGAUCUAUGGCAUUGCCGAGCGUGCUGCUGAGAUCAUAGCCGCCGAGUGGUCUGCUUAG